ACUUGGCAAUAAAACCGCUUCAUUACAUAAAAUAAUUUUAUACAGUGAUUUAGUAAAAAAAUCAUUUCAUGUUCUACAAUUUAUCACAAGUGGUAACUAUACAUUUUCGUGCCGUGAUACCUGUUCCAGUCAGUGAAUUUUCGAAGAUCAGGCUCUAAGCCAUUAUAAAUACGGAGAAAAAAGGAAAUUCCGUUAUGAGGGGACUCCACGAUAUUAGCCGCUGAUAACGAGCUUAUCACUCUGAUAGCGAUGGCGCGCCGCGCCGUGUGGGGACUGCUGUUGCUCAACAUACACGGGCUUAGCGCGUCGCAUCUCGACUUCACGCGGAGCCGCUCUCGGCCCAAGCAGCCUCGCUUGACGUUCGUGGCGUUCCUGACGUCACAAGAUGGUGGCGUCGUGUGCUCGGGCACUGUCAUACACGAGUCCUUCGUGCUGACGGCUGCCGCGUGCUUCCACACUGACACAGGGGACAUGAUAUCCUACCAACACAAAGUCCUUGUGGGCGACGAAUACAAAGCGAUCCGCCAACUCGUCCCGCACCCCUCGUACCGCCUUCAGAGAACCUUCUUCGAUGUCGGACUAAUUAAAGUUUCGACCGCGAUCCGCUUGGGGGCGGCAGUGAGCUUGAUCAAGAUGGCCGCCGUCGAGCAAAUGGAAGUGGGGGACAUGAUGAAGACUACGUGCUGGAUUAUGGACGCCUCAAGAAGCUGGCUCAAGCAAGAGAGAUCGCACAUCGUCAUGCGCUCCCUAUGCAAGAACGCGCCGAUCUCUGCGCUGGGUCUGUUCGGCGCGAACACCAUGGUUUGCGCGAUCGUACAACGCAACAAAUGCUAUGUAAACCGCGGCAGUCCGCUGUAUGAUGGCGGCAAGCAAUAUGGCGUCGCUGUCAAAAAUAUUGAAGAUCAUACUACGUACAUCAAAGUCAGUAAGAUUCGCCCGUGGAUCAUAAAUAUUUUAUAUAAGAAUUAUACACAAGACUUUUGGGAAUAAAAAUAACAUCACGAUAAGUAUACUAGUUGCACCGCAAUGUAUUUUUUUUUUUGGUGGCCAUCUUUGUUUUUAGUAAAUUAUGGCAACUGAAUCCAAUAGAAAAUUUUAUUAUACUUUCUAAUAAAACCAAUUCUCUAGUGUAGCAUAA